AUGCAUCGCGGCCCGAGAGUGGACAAGAUGCCUCGACGAAGUCGCCCGAUUCGACGUCGAGCGUCAUGCCGGCAGCUUCCAUCCACGAUCGCCGCCAGACGCCCGCAGAAGAUCGGACGCAAGGAGCAGGAGCACGCCAAGAGGAUACGUAAGUAUCGCCAACAGGGUGUGCAGCGUCAGCACGAACCCAAUCAUGCUGACCUUCUUGAUUGGGCUUUUGUUGAUCAGCAGAUUAACCGACCCAGGACUCCCAAUGCCCACCACCUCAGCUCCUUUCAAGUGCAUAGCACUGGCGCUGCUGGUGCUGCCCACGCGUGCCUCAUGGACGCGGGCGACCAUCAGCGCUCCCUUCUCGAACGCGAGCUGAUCGUCGAUCCCUAUGGCACCAACCAGGGCUUGCUCAGCUUGCAGCUGCCCUUCUCUAACGACAACAGCUACAUCAACAACAGCAACAUCGCGGCGCUGCAGACGCAGCUCUGCGCCACUUCCUCACCUUCAUCAUCAUCUUCUUCCUCGAUGCCAGCUCUCCUUCUCCAGCGAUUACCGUACCGCCAGCAGGAGCGCGACCAUCGAGCCGAAGCCGAACCGCUGGUCUUCGACGAGAACUGGGUGUGGCCGGAGGACCUCACCACCUCCACUUUUGUCUGUAACGCGUAA